UUUCACUUUUUUUGGAGGGUGACAAUAUUGAAAAACGUUUGCGGUUGUCAAAAUUGUAAGAAAGGAAAACCUGAAAUAAAAAAUAAAUCAAAAUGAAACUCUAUGUGAUUUUGUUGCUAUAUCCGGUCGUGUGCUAUGCUCAAUUGGAUUUUACGCCCCUCUGCAUUGGCGAUCGCUUGAAAACUGUUUACAAACAAUGUAUGGAGGAAGCGGGGGUAUCCAAAGCUGAUGUCACGGAUUUUAUUGAUCAAAAACCGGCCCAAAAUGAAUUGGCGAAAUGUUUUCGGGCCUGUGUUUUAACCGAAUGUAAUAUGAUGGAUGAAAAUGGCAACUUUAAGAGGAACAGCGCCUUCGAAAUGGCCGAGAACUUUAGCACCGGUCAAAUCAGUGAAAUCAAAAUUAUUGAAAAUGUUGCCAACAUGUGUUUGCAGAAUAUACCUCAUGCCACCAUGGGUAGAUGUCAAAAGGCCGAGGACUUUUUCAUGUGCACUUCGGAAAUGUGCAAAACUCAUUAUUGUUUUAUUUAUUUGCAAUGAGAUUUGAUGUAAGAAAACAAAGAAAAAAAAA